CUAUCAUUGUCGUCUGUAAAGCGUUCAUAGUACAACUGUUUAAUCAGCUGACUACAAGUAGUGCGUUUAAAGAUUUAAUUUGAAUCGGACUUAUUGUUUUAAUUGGACUUAAUUAAUUUUAAACAUGGUUGUGAAAACUGCAAAAUCUGAAGAAUCCAGAAAUAUGAUCCAGUGUACUGUCGUCGGGGAUGGAAUGGUCGGCAAGACAUGUCUGUCACUGGCUUUCUCCAAAUUGUCUGCACCACAUGACUAUGUUGCUACAGUAUUUGACAAUUAUGCAGGCAAAACUAACGUGAACGGGGAUGAAUACACUGUCAGCAUCUUUGACUCGGCCGGACAACAUGACUAUGCCAGUCUGCGACAGUUCACGUACGAGGACAGCGAAGUUUUUGUCGUCUGCUUCUCCGCUGUGGACAGAGAUUCCUUCGAGAGUGUCAAGGAAUUCUGGGUACCAGAGAUGAAACCAAACAUGACAAGGAAAAAGCCUAUAGUCCUUGUAGCCACUCAGACCGACCUGCGUAACACAGCUGGGUACGACUCCGACAUGCCGGUCUCUAAAACGGAAGGGGAAAGUUUAGCUAAAGCGAUAGGAGCAGUCACUUACGUUGAAUGCUCCAUCCAGCAUCACCAAUCCGUCAAAAAGCUUUUCUCAGAAGUCGCCCAGGCGGCGCUCAAGUACAGGAAGAAGAAAACCAACAUUGUAAACAAACUUCUUGGCAGGUGAACAUUAGAUCAUGACAUUCAUUUUCCAUAAUUCUGUAUCCCAAACAGAAUGAAAUCGGCACGUCUCUGACGUCAUUUCGGAGGAACCUCGUGCGUUGACGGCGAGGAAGUUUGUUGGUGUGGUCACGAUAUGGAACUUACGUACAAUACGGAAUAACAAAUAUUUGGACAUUAACUUUCACUGAUUAGUUAAAAUCGUUCGAGAGACAUGAUUAAUGUCAAGGAAAAGAGACAUACGGUUUGCACCGUUUAUUUCGUGAACCGUUGUAAGGGUCGCUGUCGUAUUUUGGACUUCACUGUGUGCUGUGAUUGUAAGGACAUGGACUUGACGUGCUGUCAGUGCUAGUCAUUAACUCCCAAUCAAGAUCAUAUUGUUCAAUACACUAAAUUAACUGGUCAUUAAUUGGUCAUUAGUAGAAUAAAUAUUGAUGAGAUAAUUAGUGUGACAAGUGUAUGCCGCUUGAAAUAUCGAACUGAAAUGAGCCGCAUUAAGUUGUCUAAAUGGAGAAUAAAGACUUCAACAUCUAUUGACAGCCAGAGUUUAUAUAUCGGACAUGUGAUAUACGUCUGUAGUACAAUGUACUAAGUAACUGCUUAGAGUUGCGUGACUUUUGGGUGACUAAAUCUGAGGAAUGCGAUUAGGGAAAGAAGAAAAUUUUGUUAAUUGAAUCAGACUGUUGUUUAAUAAACUAAACAUAAGCUUUUAAUUCGACUGGUCAUUGCGUGAUAAAUUGUUUUGUAUAUUUUCUAAGGUGACUGUACUUUUUAUGACAUUUUCAUCACCCACACAUAGCUCACAAUGUGAGUAACUGCGGCAUAGUAAAAUGCUGGUCAUUUCACGAGAACAAGCAACUGCUGUCUUUUUAUACGUCAGAAUGUUUAUGAACUUUUAUUUAAUUAGGAUAACGGUCAAAAUUGUUCAUGCAUUGGACUUAUUACUCAUUAUGUGUUCGCAGUUUCAUUUACAUUUUGUUUAGUCAUAAAUUUGCAUGUUUUACCGAUGUAUCGUUUCUGAUGUAUUAAAGCCUUUUGUUUUGUAAUAAAAUAAAGAAAAGAUUAAAGAUGA